AAAAAAGGAGCGCACCUGCACUCACUCCAGCAUACAUGCUCUCCGCACUCCCGAUCUAUUCUCAAUUCCUCGCCGAUCUCAUGCGCUUCUCCUCCGGACAGGUCGUCAGAAAUGCCGGAGCACCCGUUCCUCGCGAUGUGAGCUGUUGCGAAAUCUCCGCCGUUCGUUUGCAGAUCUGAAAUCUCUUCUCUUCUGAUUCUUUGGCAAUUUUCUCACAGCUAGGCUGAGCUGUGAAGGACUGGUGGUCCCGGAUUGUAGGAAGAAAAGGUUGUAUGUCAGUUUGGCAGAAAGCGAGAAAAAGAGGUCCCAUUUUGUGCCCUGAUGUGCAGUGCUGAUGUUAUUGGCAGUAGAAGGAGGAGGUUUCUUCUCCUCUUCGGCUUCAGGGUAUAGUAAAGGCCUCACACUUCUGCUCUUGGGCCAGAGAAGCGAAGAGAGACCCAUGAGAGUUUCGCCGUGGAACCAGUUCCAGUUGUUGGAGCAGAAAGACCCUGACCUACAGCUGGCUUCCAGGAAGAACCGGCGCUCCCGUGGAUGCGCCUACUUUAUCUGCUUUGGCCGCACCUCUGUAGGCCUUGAUGGCCCUUCGCCCCCAAAAGUGGGUCCUGCACGCCAGCCAGACAUCUUGCAGGGUCCCUCUUCUGCUUCUGACAAUGGUGAUGGUGUGGACGAUGAGAAUCGACGGAAUGUGCGACUCAAGAGUAGCCUUAAGAAACCCUUGGAUGGGGGUGAUGAUACACGUGGCAUAUUGAGUGAAAAGGGCAACGAUGAUGCCUUGGGUUGUACUGAAAGGAGGAAAGUGCAGUGGACAGAUGCAUGUGGUGGAGAGCUUGUCGAUAUCAGGGAAUUUGAAGCUAGUGAAACGGGUGCAUCCGAUGAGGAAUUCGAAGAGGAGGGGGGCCGAAGCUGUUCGUGUUGGAUACAAUGAUCUCACCUGAAGUGCAACCAUCAAAGGAUGAAUCACAUGAUCCAUCCUAAAGGGAAGCAGCUGUCUUCAGCAACUGUUGUUUUAGUCCAACAAUGCCAUCUGCUUUUCUUAUUCCAGUUGACUUAGCAUGACUUGCUUUGGCUAAUGCAUUUGGUGGAAGGCAUGCUGUUCCAGGUUAGCAGAGUGAUGGCUUCAUGCCACAACGGUGAGGAUCUCUAUUUCAGUCCUACCUUUGAUCUAACGAUGUAAUUUCUUUUUGAGGUUUCAAUUUUGUUAGUGUUGGGUUUCUUGCUUCCUCGUGUUGUUGUUAUACCUUUUCUUCCUACACUGGAAUUCAUGUACUUUCCCGACUGUAUAUGACUGCCGAUUGCCAUUAUUUCAUUGUAACUAACAUGGUUUUUCACUCUGC